AUGCAAACACACCACACCACCAUCCUCCCCCUUAUUCCAUUUUCGUGGUUUGAUCGUUUAGAUGAAAUAAAAGAUCGAUUUGAACAUCCACCAAAUCUUCAACAUGAAUUCACCAAAUUCCUCGACCAUCUUUUACAUUGGACUCAACGUUUAAAUGUUACACAUCAUGAUCAUUUCCUAGGUUUGCCUAUUGUUCAACAACUACAACAAGAAAAUGAAGAUGAAGAGCCUCAACAUGAUGAAGAUGAAGAAGAUACCAACCAUUCACCCACUCCAGCACAAGUCAUCGAUAUGUUUGGUGUUCCAGAUAUUUUAUUAAACAGUGCCUAUAGUCCUGAAGAUAUAGACAACUCUUUAACAGAUAUCAUUCAAAAUAGAAUGACACAAUUUGUAGUACAGCACGAUAAGGCCACCAAUAUCUCUCCAUCAAUUAAUUCUUUGACAUUAGUUCAUGGCUUAUUAGAAAUGGUAGCUGUAGUUGAAAGUAAAAAUAAUAAUAAUAAUGAAAAUCAUUCCGAAAAUAAUAAUCAUAACGAAAAUAAUAACGAAAAUGAUAAUAAUAAUAAUAAUAAUCAUAACGAAAUUAAUAAUAAUAAUAAUAAUAAUAAUAAGGAUAAUGAAAAAAUCGAAAUCAUAGAACAUAAUCAACAAAAAAUUUCACAAGUAAUCAAAAUCCUUGAAUUCAAUGAUAGUGCUAAUUUAAGAGGGGUUUUUAAAAUUCUAAACAAAUAUUUUUAA